AUGCCGAGAUCAGAGAAGCUGAACCCAUAUGCUCAGGUAUUUCUGACGAGUAAGAAAGGGGAUGGAGACAAAAAAGAGCUUAGAGUCCCCAUUUCCAAAUCAGCUGCCAGCGUGGGUAAGAUCACGGGUGAAGCCGAGAGCUUAAACGAUACCAGCAGCGUUUGGUUUGAUGACAGCAGUCGGGUGCCUGCUAUCAGCCCGGGCUGGGGCUCCCGGGUCGUGCGCCCGCUCUGCCGAACCGGGCGGCACCGCACCUGCACCAGGCACCGCAGGCGUCGCCGCCCGCCGGGCACGGAGCCGCACGCGUGCCCGGCACACUUGCAAAUGACGACGGCCCGGCUUCAGAGGGCUCCGGGUGGGAGUGAUAUUCCAAACAGAUUUGAAAUGAAAAUUCAUCGCACAACAAUCCUUGAAGAUUCUUACAGAAGAAUUAUAGCUGUGAAGAGAGCAGAUUUCCUUAAAGCAAGACUUUGGAUUGAAUUUGAUGGUGAAAAAGGUUUAGACUAUGGAGGAGUGGCCAGGGAAUGGUUCUUCCUUCUCUCUAAGGAGAUGUUUAAUCCUUACUAUGGAUUGUUCGAAUAUUCAGCUACAGAUAAUUAUACUCUGCAGAUCAACCCAAACUCUGGACUGUGCAAUGAAGAUCAUCUCUCUUAUUUCAAGUUUAUAGGUCGAGUAGCUGGAAUGGCUGUUUACCAUGGCAAACUUUUGGAUGCAUUUUUCAUUCGUCCUUUCUACAAGAUGAUGCUCCAAAAGCCAAUAACACUUCAUGAUAUGGAGUCUGUGGAUAGUGAAUAUUAUAAUUCUCUGAGAUGGAUUCUUGAAAAUGAUCCAGCGGAACUGGACCUCAGAUUUAUAGUUGAUGAAGAACUUUUUGGACAGACUCAUCAACACGAACUAAAAAGUGGUGGAUCAGAAAUAGUUGUCACCAACAAGAACAAGAGAGACUACAUUCAGUAAGUAGUGGUCACUGUGAGAUUUGUGAGCAGAGUACAGAAACAAAUGGCAGCCUUUAAAGAGGGUUUUUUCGAACUAAUACCUCAGGAUCUGAUUAAAAUUUUUGAUGAAAAUGAGCUGGAGUUACUGAUGUGUGGUCUGGGAGAUGUGGAUGUAGCUGAUUGGAAACUACAUACAAAAUACAAAAAUGGCUACAGUGUAAAUCAUCAAGUUAUACAGUGGUUUUGGAAGGUAUUGAUUGCAGUUGCGCUGGAAUAG